AAUAAAAAAAAAACACAAUGAAAAACAAAAUACUAAUUCUCUAAAACCGCCCAACAACCGAAUUCCCUUAAAAAAUCGACAAUAUAUUUACCCAAAUAAUCUAAGAUAUUCCCACUAAAUUAAACCAAAAUGAAUUUCUUUUAAAAGUAUAUUAUCUUUCCAUAGACCCAGUAAUGCAUGUUUGGCUUUCUGGUGCUCCUUCAUAUCUUCCUCCUUUGAAAAAAGGGGAAACUAUACACUCAUAUGGGGUUGGGGAAGUAAUUUUAUCGGAAAAUGAUAACUGGAAAAUUGGGGACAAAUGUUUGGCAAAUACAGGGGCAUAGGAAUAUUGUUUAAUGGAUGCUUAAAGGCAGUAAUUUGUAUUUAGAAUUCCCAGAAAAACCUCAGUUGAAAAAUGUGCGUUUUAUUUGUCUUUUUAUAAUAAUUGGUUUGUUGCUUAUUCUGGUAUUAAAAUGGUUGGCUAGAUAAAACAAAAAGAUACUGUACUUGUUUCCAGUGCAGCAGGAGCUACAGGGAUAGUUUGUGUCUAAUUAGCAAAGGUUUUAGGGGCUAAAAGGGUUAUAGGUAUUACUGGAAGUGAGGAAAAAGUGAAGUUUUUAAAAGAAAAGUUAGGUGUGGAUGAAGUCAUUAAUUACAAAAAAGGAGAUUUUUUUAGAGAAUUAAGGAAGGCAUGUCCAGAAGGGGUGGAUGUGUAUUUUGAUAAUGUCGGGGAGAAAAUGCUUGAUGAUGUUUUGAAGUGUAUGAAUUUAUAUGGGAGAGUGGCUUUAUGUGGAGCAACUAGUAAUUAUUAAGAUCAUAAAAAUAGAAGAGGAGUAUAUAAUUUAAGCUUGUGUGUAAGUAAAAGAAUUAUAGUUUAGGGAGUUUUGGCUAGUGAUGCUAUACCAGUAUUUGAGGAAGUUUAGAAGUUUUUUUAAAAAAAUAUAGAAAAUGGAAAUAUUAAAUAGAUAGAUCAUUAUUUUUAUGGAGUUGAAAAUGUCUCGUAAGCUAUGUAGUAUUGUUUUAUGGGUAAAAAUAUUGGUAAAGUAUUAGUUAAUGUAAAUGGGGGAGGAGCUAAGUUAUGA